UUGAUUAUAUCACUGAAUGCUAUUGAAAAUAUACGUAAAUGUAGUUACAGCAGAUGGUAAAUGUUCAUAAUCCUACAAGUUUAUGAAUACGCAUUUUAUUUUGAAAUCUAUAACCGGAAGUACAUUUUUUCUGGAUAAUUUGACACCUCUGAUGGCAAUUCUCGCAUUUCGGGGAUUUCAUUCAACUACAUUUGUAUUUUGACACUUUGAUUGAGACAGAUUGGGGCUUUCGCGCAGUCUGAAGACAAUUAAAAGUUUUACAGUUAACAGUAUUUGACAGUUGUGGAUGUCCUUUUCUAUUCACGUACGUUACCUGGUACCCGAGCGAGCUAGUUGCUUGCUAGUCAACGAUGCGUGUUUGCGUAGCACAUUUCAUUCAUUUCGGCCAACGCUAGCUUUGCAGUGGCGGUUCACGCUCACCUGACCAGAAUUUGGUCGACUGGAAAACGUUCGCUUCUUUUCGCUGGUGCAGUUGUAUGACAUAGCUCAACUACAGUGUCACUUUGAUUUUCGGUCAAACAGAGAAAUAAUAGUCCUGUGUGUCAACUACUUAGCCACUUUAACUUCAGCUAGUCUGCAAAACGAAUAAGCUUAGAAGGGUGACGUUAACGUUUACUAACUAUUAUGGAUUAUGAACAUAAAGCGAAGGCAGUGGCUGACUGCUUGCUGAGCUACAAGAGGGAUGAGUCCGAGUGGAAAGUCUGCAAGAAAUCGAAUGACGUGGUUGUGUCUUGGCGUCCCUCGUCAGAGUUCCCUGGGAAUGUUUACAAGGGGGAGGGAAUUGUCAGCGGCAGCCUGGAGAAAGUGUGGGAGUGCCUGAAACCAGUACCAAAUGGGCACAGAGUCAAAUGGGACAACAAUGUCAAAAAGUUUGAGCUUUUGGAACAAAUUGCAGAGGACAUCUCCAUCUGCCGAACAGUCACGCCCUCUGCAGCUAUGGGUAUCAUAGCUCCACGAGACUUUGUAGAUGUUAUUUUGGUUAAGCAAUACGAAGAUGGCACAAUUUCAUCAAAUGCCACCAAUGUUAGUCACCCAGGCUGUCCUCCCCAGUCUGGCUAUGUGAGAGGAUUCAACCAUCCAUGUGGUUGCAUCUGUGUCCCCAUCUCAGGGGAGCCCAACAAAACCCAGGUGUUCAGUUUCUUCCAGACAGAUUUGGGUGGCUUUCUCCCCCGCUCCGUGGUUGACUCGUUCUUCCCAUCCAGCAUGGCUGAGUUCUACAGCAACCUGGCUAAGGCUGUUAGAUCUCUCAAGGACCUUUGACACCAGGAGUAAAGAAAUCUACCUUAAAACCUGAGGCCUACUGACUGGUCAGGCCAAAUGUUCAUUCCAUUUUAAACAGUCCAAACUCAACAGCAGUCAGCACACAAAGAUUCUCAAAUGAUCAUUUAAUCCAAAUAGAUCUAAUCCACAAUUUAUGUUUAAUGUACAUUCCUAUAUUCCAAUGUUACUGCAGGAGAAAUCCAGUAAAUCUUCAACAGUCAACACCUGUAAUUUGACUGUUGACACAAUGAACUACAGAUGAGUGAAAAAUUAAAGGAAAAACCUAAAAAUGAGUGGAGAAACAGGAUGACAAUGCCGCUAUCUGUAGCACACAAAGGGUCACAGAAUGGUUUGAUGAAUAUGACAAUGAUGUGAAUCACCAGAUCUCAACCCAGUUGAACAACUAUGGAAGAUUUUGGACUGACGCGUAAGACAGCGCUCUUCACCAUAAUCAAAACACCAAAUGAUUGAAUAUCUUUUGGAAAAAUGGUGUUCCAUCCUUCCAGUAGUUCCAGAGACUUGUAGAAUCUGUGCCAAGGCACACUGCUGUCCUGGCAGCUCAUGGUUGCCCAACACCUACUAAGACAUUUUAUAUUGGUUUUUCCUUUAAUUUGUCACCUGUCUGUAUGUUCAUAGUGAAAACUUUGAAGUAAUUUAAUAAGAGGUAUUAAGUGUAUUUAGCAUAUGAAUACUUUAGUUAUAGCCAAAAACGUGUUUUGUGAGAUCAAAGCGACCUUGACCUUUGACCCUUGACCCCCAAUAUCUAAUCAGCUCAUCCUUGACUCCAAGUGAACUUUUUGUGCCAAAUUUGAAGAAAUUCCCUCAAGGUGUUCCUGAGAUGUCAUGUUCACGAGAAUGGGAUGGGUAGGCGUAUGGACGGACAACAUAAUGCGACCAGUCAUGGCUGUCGCCAGCACGGAGGCAUAAAAAUGCAAAAAUAAUGAGGGCUUCCAUUUGACAAAACCAGUCCCUUUAUAUCCGUAUCUAGGAUGAAUUUAUUUGUCCUGAAGAUUGAAAAUAGAUAUAAAAUCUAUAUUUGUACAUGUGCUAAAAGUGAAGAAUAUCUUUCCUUUUUACUAUAAUGAUGUGACACCAGACAUUCCUCUUCUAACUGCAUACUUGAUUGUGUACAGUAAACAUGCAUAUUGCAGUGUUUCCAAAACAUGGAAUUAUUUGUGGUGGCCCACCACAAUA